AUGGGGAAGAUGGCUAAUUUCUCAUCAGCUCUACGUGCACAACGUUUGAAGCUGAAAUCAGUUGCACGCAUGCCUGCCAUACGUAUAUACCUAAUUUUUGUUUACUUCUGGGGAACCUGCUUCAUUAUUGCUGUUGCUACUCUACGAUUCGGCUAUCAAAUCAAGAACCAGAGGGCAUGCCUAGCCGCGAUCAUCCUCUGUCUCGUCUUCUACGUCGUCGACAAAGUCAUUCUGUAUCUUUUCUUGAUUGAGCGGAUCCACAUCGUCCGCUCCCGCAGGUACACUCGUCUGACUGACAACUGGUACCUGGCCAAUAUUGCUAUACUUGUCUUGGGCUUUGGGUCGAUCGCGAUUCUGUCCUUUAUGUUCCCAGUCGCUGAACUCACAGAUGGAAGAUGUCGCAUUGGCCUUCCUUUCAAAAUUACACUGCCAUUAUUGAUAUAUGAUGUUACCAUCAAUCUCUAUCUGACUGGUCAUUUCCUGCAUUUUUCUAGACCCUUCAUGCUUCCAGACAUUCUGAAGCGACUGCCACUCACAAUGAGGAGCCCAUAUAUCAGGAAUACUAAGCUCGAUUUCCCCACGAGACCUAAGGAUGGUAGGCAGGACAAUUUGCGGACACUUGCCAAAAGGACACUCAAGGGAAUGUGUGUUAUGCUGCUAGCUACGACUAUAAAUCUUUCAAUCUUGUUCUAUAUGAGUGGCCGGGAGGACGAAUGGAUGUGCUUCAUGUUUUGCACCUUGGAUGGUACGCACUUCAUUUCGCCUAUUUCUCAGGGAUUGGCAUACUUAUGCUUGCUAUAG